AGGUCAUCGCGUCACCAAUGGUGUGUGGUUUCAUAGUUGGUGAGAUUAUCGUGUUGGGCGGCGUCCUCCUGGCCGCAAACUUCAUCCCGGACAAGACAGUGCGGAAGCUGCUGAAGGGAUACGAGGCCUUCGUGACAGGUGACCGAGGGAACACACUGAGACCACCAAGCAUGCCAUUGGGCCACCAUGCACUCGUCUCUGCCUUCGUUUGGCUGGUCUUCCUUCAGCCAUCCAGGAAGAGAACGCCCGUGAGGCUGAGGGCGCCAACCAGGUCGAGGCCACGCAGGAAGGUAGGAGGGCAGAGAGGGGGCUGCGGUUGGUGGGUCACGCACACCCUUCUGUGUAUGGGCUGUUUCCGUUGUGUCUUUCAGAGUCGCAGAAGGGCCAGGGCGAGGCCAACGAGGCCAACGAGGAUGACGAGGAGGAGGGGGAGGAGGAGAACGAGCGGACAGGCCUGCUCACAGGAGGUGAGAUGAGAUGAGACGGAAGGAAUGGCCACUAAGCAAAGGAACGCCCCCGUGUCUCUUUGUGUGUGUGUGUGACUCAGAGGCCAAUGUGUGGCCCACAGGGGACUCGGAGCACGAGGGACCAGCGACAUCAGGUAGGAGGGCUGCACAUAGCCAUGAUGGGCGUCGGGAGUCCCUUCUCUGCAUGAGCUGUCUGUCUUUGAUGUGCCUUUCAGAGUCCCAGGAGAAUGGACAGACAGACGGUGAGAUGAAAGACCGACCCGAUUUCGUGCAUGUCUCUCUCUCUCUCUCUCUGUGUGUGUGUGUGUGUGUGUGUCUGUGUGUAAUCUUCAGAGCCUGAGUACAGAGAGCUCGUCUUCGUCGACCCGGUCCACUGGCACGACAAGGACAUCGAAAUGGAGAAGACCAUCUAGAAAUACAACCAGGAAAAGGUCACCACACCCAGACAACCGAAGCUCUUCACUCACUUCCCCACCUGUCUUCUACUUUUGUCCAUGCGGUCUCUCUCUCCCUCUCCGUGUGUUGUGUGUGUGUGUGCGUGUGUAGUUGGAGUACUACGCUCGUGCGGAGGAGCGCCGCCUGUGCCUCGAGCGGCAAAUCGAGGUGAACCGGUUUGAGAUGAAUUGGAUGUACUGCAUAGUCGACCGGGAGAACACCGAACUGAAGAACCAGAUCAUCGACAAGGACCGCAAGAUCCGGGAGCUGGAGCAGAUGGGCGACGACAAAGCCAAGGUACUGCACUGCAGACCACAGACGGACGAAGUCGUCUGUAUGUCCGUUGGUUUGUGUGGGUGUCUUGUGUCUGUCCACCUUCAGGAAUGCAGUCUGCUGCUGCUGCAGAACACUUCACUGGUGCAGGCGGUGGUACGCAAUGGAUGCAUCGACAUGAGUGCUCUUCCGCUCACCGACAUCGUCUGCCCGUCUGUGUGCCGCAGGGAGAGCUCCUGUUGCGAUCGCAGCCCACAGCCGCGUACACCGACAUGGACACAGGCGACAUCCCAGGUAGAUUCUUUCUCGAGAGAGAGAGACAUGGCCCUCUUUCACCUCUGUCCUCUGUGUGUAGGGCCCUCGGCUUCAGGUGGCUGUGAGACUGAGAAGGCAAAGAGCGUGUGUGGGAAGGAAGAGGCCGCUACUCAGCUGCAGGGUGGGCGGCAAAAUGGCACGAGGCACUCACUCCUCAUUGCUCAUUGCUCAUGUGUCUCCUUUGUCUGUCUGCUGUGCUGCGUGUCGGCAGCAUCGGAGGCCUUGACAGGGACGGCCGGCACCAAAUCCAACAGCACAGGUACGAACACACUGCUAACAACACACACACAAACACACAGCACGAGAGAAAACUGACGGAGACCUUUCCAAUUCUCUCCUUUUUUGCUUCUCAUUGCAGGGCCGAUGCGGCCAGCGCCGAGUGAGAUCGAGGGCACCGGCCUGGUGCGUCUCAGCGGCAAGACGGACUACGUGCAGAGAGGUAUGUGCAAAGCUUAUAAGAGAGACUCAUGUCUCAGCCUGUUUGGUGUACUGUGUGUCGGCAGAGUUUGAGCCAUCGACAGGGGACGGCAUCCGGAAGGCCAAGAAAGUCGUCAACGUGGGCGUGACGGCUGACAACAACUGCAACACCAGUACGGACACCCCCACUUCACAUCCAUAGCUGACGCCGCGCGUUUCUCCUGCAUGUCUCUUGUGUGUCUGUGUGCAGCGGCCAGCGCUUCAUCAUCCUCGGCCCCAUCUGCUGCUGCUGCCCUAGAUCACACUGAGGAUGAGCAGCGCCAAGGUGUGUGAAUGCACAGAGAGUGAGGGCAAGAUGGCCAGUCAGUCAGUCAUUUCAGUUGUCAGCAUCGUGGCUGCUGCGCUGCCUUGUCUGCAGAGAUCACGCCCAAAGCCGAGACCCGCAGCUGCCGCAAGAGGAUCUCGAAUGUGGGCAUGAAGUCGUCACGUGGCCGCGAGUGACUAUCAAGACCAUGUCUGUGGGAUGUGGGUGGUAGUGAGUGUGGUGUGGUGCAGGGAGGGAGAGAGGGGCCGUCGGUCGUAUUUUCUCAGUUUGUCUUUGUGGCCAAUUUUGCUCUGUCUGGCUUGGGGCACUGUUCUCUAGGUAUAGCUUUGCCCUGCACGGAGCGAUAAGAUGAGCGUACGAACACGUGUGUCGUGUCGAGUUGGUCUGUAUAACCGACCCGUACGUUGAUUGAUGCUCAUCGAUGUAUUCAUCCAUCU